AUGAUACUAGUAGAGGAGUAUUGUCCUAGUGAGGAAAUACAUAUGCUAGAACAAGAAUUGUGGACCCUAACCAUGAAGGAUUCCGAGAUAAAAGCUUAUACCGCUAGAUUUAAUGAUCUUGCAGUAAUGUGUCCAACACUUGUAACCCCUGAAUAUAAGAAGAUUGAGCGAUAUAUCUGGGAGAUCCAAAGAUCAGUAGUGGUCUCAAAGGCUGAGUCUCCCAAAUCUGGAACAAACAAGCGCAAGUUUAAUGGGAAGAAUCCCAGACAAUCAUCUGAGAAAAGACAAGAAGUGGCAACCAAUUAUGCAGCCAUGACUAAAGUACCCACACAACCAAAGUCUUCAUGGUGUAAUCGGUGCAACCGUCAUCACCCAGGUCAUUUUGUGUGCACGAAUUGCAAGAGGAAGGGGCAUACUGCUAGUUACUGCAGGAGCACAACACCUGCAACAGUCAAUCAGCAAACAAAUACUAGAACAGGCCAUGGUGAAGGAAGAAAGUGUUAUGAGUGUGGAGAGGUUGGACACAUCAAGAGAGAAUGUCCAAAGUUAAAGAGUCAAGGAGGCAUAGGGCGUGGCAAGGAAUUUGUGAUCGGAAGUAGAGAGGCUAUCCAAGACCCUUCGAUUGUAUUUGGUACGUUGCUCAUAGAUAAUUUAUAUGCUACCAUACUCUUCGAAUCCGUAGCGAACAGAAGUUUUAUAACUCCGACGUUUAGAAAAUUGUUAAGUCAUGAGUCUAGCAAAUUAAAAGAAAUCUAUGAAGUAGAAAUCGCUAAUGGCCAAACCGAGAGAACACUUGAAAUCCUAGAAAACUAUCUGUUAACUCUUAAGAAUUUCCUUUUUCACGUCAACUUCAUGCCAAUGCCUAUCGGUAGUUUUGAUGUUAUAAUUGGCAUGGAUUGGUUAUCUACACACCACGCCGCAAUUCUAUGUUAUGAGAAAGUCGUACGACUACCCUUACCAAACGGCAAAGCCCUGAUUAUCUAUGGUGAUAAAUCUGGGAAGAACCUCAAAUUCAUUUCUUGUACCAAGACCCAUAAAUAUCUACAUAAGAAAUGUAGCGCAUUCUUAGCCCACAUUGUAGAUAAGAAGAGAAAGACAAAAGAAAUCAAGGACACACCUUAA